UUUUCAUGGUUAACGUUUUGAAGCCAUGUGCGGGUGGUAGGACCAAUAAGCGGAUUUCCCCGGAAACGCGAUGGGUCUGACCAAUGGGUUCGACCGGGGAGUAAAUGAAGAUCCUCUUUUCACAGAGGUCACAUCCAUGCUUGCCACCGCCACGUUUUUGUUUCUUCACCCGUUGUAACAGCACAUAUAGAGGUUCAAAGUACUUUCUUCUUUCUAGAUUCCGCAUCAAAACCUUAAUCGCCAAAAUUCACCGGACCUGUCUCCGAUUCAAUACGCCGAUUAAACAUCAAGUAAACCCCUUACCCGAACUGGAAAAAGAAGAAGAGCUGGAUUCUGAUGAUGAACAUAAUCAAUCGGUCAGAAUCGCCGAGGAAAGGAAUAGAGCUGCGCAUUAUAGGCGAAGAGCAGAAGCACUUCGCGAAAGGCUACGAAGGGGCGAGGAGAUACCACUUGACGAUAUCACUGGCCCAUACGUAAUGUUCUCAUCCGAUUACCUCAGAUUCUACGUCGAGGACAUGCUCCCCAGACAUUCCUUCGGUGCAUUCGAUAAUUGGGAUGUUGGAACCAUCGAGAUCCGCCCAGGAGCCCUGAGGCCCUUCGAUGGAAAUCGCAGCAAUGCCCUUGGAAUACAGUGUUACCUUAUGGAUCAGCCAAAUGAAGGGCUUUGGAUAAAAUUGGACGAAAUUCCAGAUUUUGCGGACACACAUGCUUUCCAUGUCGACACUAUUGGAGGAGAUGGUGAAUUAAAUCACGCCUACAUUACAUUUCUGGGGGAGGGUGUCAUUGAGUUGCGCCUCGAAGGUCGAGCGCUAGAUGCCGAGCAUGUAUAUACAGCUGAUCGGUCACAAUGGGGACGGCCGAAGGCACCUCAGGAGGUGCGCUACAUUGGGGUGCAAGACGAAGACGAAGUGAUUCCGGAAAACGUAUACGAUUCAGAGGAAUGGGACAUGGACGCAGAGGAUGGCUCAGAGGAUGGCUCAGAGGAUGAUUAGUGAGCUUCCGGCAUUAUUCUAAGGGAAGGAGGAAUAUCCCGUUGCUCUCUGCUCUCAGGUCAUAGGUUGUAUUGGGCUGAUCUAGGCUAGUAUGCUAGGAAACCCUACUAUAUAGUCUCUUGUCACC